AUGGUGCUACAGGAACAAAUCCCUCCACACGACGGAAUAGAGCACGCUCCAAACGGCUCUUGUCGGCCUUCUCAGCAACAGAUAUCGAAGAAAGAAGUAGCUAUGGCCCUAAAGUCGCUUCAGUUUGGGACCAGCGGGGUGUUCGGCAGAUAUGUUCCAAAGGCUUUUGGACCACAAACGCAAGUACUUGUUAAGUUGGCAAUAACAAGCAGUGCUAUGCAGCAGAAGCGUCAUAAGUACAAGUAUGUUGGCAUGCAAGAAGAAACUGAUGGAUCAUUCUCCGGUGACCUUAACUAUGGACUUCACACACUGUUCUUCACUGAAAUGAUUCGAGGUUUUGGCGUUAUGCUUGGACACGUCUUCAUGGAACCAGCCACGAUCAACUACCCCUUCGAGAAAGGCCCUCUCAGCUCUCGGUUCAGAGGAGAACACGCGCUUCGUCGUUACCCAUCAGGUGAAGAACGCUGUAUUGCCUGCAAACUUUGUGAAGCCAUUUGCCCUGCACAGGCAAUAACAAUUGAAGCAGAAACACGCCCGGAUGGCAGCCGACGAACUACGCGAUACGAUAUUGAUAUGACAAAAUGUAUCUUCUGCGGAUUAUGCCAAGAAGCGUGUCCUGUUGAUGCUAUCGUUGAAGGGCCGAAUUUCGAGUACUCAACUGAAACUCACGAAGAGAUGCUCUACAACAAGGAAAAAUUGCUAACCAAUGGCGACCGUUGGGAACCCGAACUGGCUGCCAACCUACAGGCUGAAUUUUUGUAUAGAUGA